AAUAGACGCUCUCGAUUGACCGAAAAAAAAAUAGUGUUUGUUUUGUGUCAAAUGUGUAAUAGGUGUGCUGAGACUGCCGACGCAUAUAUUAGCAAGUCCCGGCUCUCAGACCCAGUAAUGGAAACAUGCAAAUGAGAUCAAUAAUCUGUUUAACAUAUUUAAUUAUAGGUGCAGAUUUUAUUUUGACACAAGCGGACGGGGUUUUUUUUUCUCUCAAGGAAAUGCACUGAAUGUUCAAGUAAGUUCAGGUAAGUUCAGAUAUGUUCAAGUAAGUUUAGGUAAGUUCAGGUAAGUAACAUUUUUUUCUCUUUCAAACCGGUCUCUGUUUCACGAUUAUUUUUAAGGGCUCCAACGUUGGGAUUAUGUACUACAUUGUACGGAAAUAGAGAGUUGGGAUUAUGUACUACAUUGUACGGAAAUAGAGAGUUGGGAUUAUGUACUACAUUGUACGGAAAUAGAGAGUUGGGAUUAUGUACUACAUUGUACGGAAAUAGAGAGUUGGGAUUAUGUACUACAUUGUACGGAAAUAGAGAGUUGGGAUUAUGUACUACAUUGUACGGAAAUAGAGAGUUGGGAUUAUGUACUACAUUGUACGGAAAUAGAGAGUUGGGAUUAUGUACUACAUUGUACGGAAAUAGAGAGUUGGGAUUAUGUACUACAUUGUACGGAAAUAGAGAGUUGGGAUUAUGUACUACAUUGUACGGAAAUAGAGAGUUGGGAUUAUGUACUACAUUGUACGGAAAUAGAGAGUUGGGAUUAUGUACUACAUUGUACGGAAAUAGAGAUAAUUGUUUUAGCUUAGCAACAACUAUUAUUUUAGAGCAUGAUGGUGAAAUAUAUUUUAUUUGAGAUACUUAUGCAACUGCUUAGAACAGUUUUCUCUGAUCUAACUGAAUAUUACUAAAGCCGAGCGCAUGAAUGAUGAACAUUUCUACAUUUUGGACAGCCGGCUUUUUCCAUGUCGUAGAAAUCUCAGCUGUAAGACACAGUCCGAUUAAGCUAUUCGCUUUUCCGGAAUAAAGUAAAAUUACAGGCAGCCUUUGAGACAUUAACCUUUUCUGAUCGGUUGUAAGGUGAAAUCCAUGCAGUUGUCAAGCUAUGCAAAUAACUUUUUUUUUUUAAGACUGUGGGGUGGGUUUGAUUAAAUUUAUACGACUCGUGUGUUGAUUUUUUGUUUUCUAAAAAGGUGUCAAAUAACUGAAUAGUGAACGGAAACUGUAUUUAUUUAAAAAUCAAUGGGUCUUGUAGAGGGAGCCAAAAUUGUUUAGAUAUCAAUGGGUCCUGGAGUGGGAGCAAAUAUAUUUAGAUAUCAAUGGGUCUUGGAGUGGGAGCAAAUAUAUUUAGAUAUCAAUGGGUCUUGGAGUGGGAGCCAUUUUUUUUAAAUCAAUGGGUCUUAGAGUUGGAACCAAAUAUUUUUAGAUAACAAUGGGUUAUAUAGUUGGAACCAAUUUUUUUUUAGAUAUCAAUGGGUCUUGGAGUGGGAGCUAAAUAUUUUAGAUGUCAAUGGGUCUAGGAGUGGCCGCCAAAUAUGUUUAGAUAUCAAUGGGUCUUGGAGUUGGAGCCAAAUAUUUUUUAUAUCAAUGGGUCUUGGGGUGGUAACUAAAUAUUUUUAGAUCUCAACGGGUCUUGGGGUGGGAGCCAAAUAUGUUUAAAUAUCAAUGGAUCUUGGGGUGUGAGCAGAACAUUGUUAGAUUUAUUUUUGGAGUAAAGGAGUGACCGAAUACUCUUAAUCAAAAUUACAUCUAUUAGUAACACAAACGUCACUUUGUGUUGCAGCUCUAUCAUGAGAUAUCGCUUUGGUAAACGCUGCGCGAGGCACAGCUGUCUUAUCUUCAUAGCCGGAAUCGGCAUCGCCCUGGUCAUCUUCGACUACCACACCCACAAACAGGGAGAGCAAUCGUCCAAGGAGCCUGCCUCCGAGAAGGGUGGGGAUACCAAAAACAUUCCGGGAAACCGUACGAGUGGAGCCACAGGGAACAUGGCUGAUAACGCAAGGGAUGUGAGAGCCCCUGUAAAAGUAAACAGCAGGACAGAAUUAGAUGAUUCAGCCAGAGCACUAUAUGCUGGUCAACUGGUCACUUCUGUAAAAGAGGAGAACGCCGCUGUUAAACCUACACCCGCCGCGGCUGUUCCUGCAGUGACACAAAAUUUUAACGCUUCAAAAAUAAAUUUUUCUUCAAAAGGAAACAGCUCCACAAAUGUGACGGUUCCCACCGGUGUGGAAAACAAACAGAACAAAAUCAACCUUACAUCCAGCACGACUGGGACCCAUGGGACAUGUUACGAUUCCCCCUUUUUCACGUGUGCACGCAAGAAGCACAACGCGUCCAGCGCCAACCGGACUUUUCACGUGGCGUACUUGCAUCGGCCGAACUGGCAGCGGGCGUACGUUUACGACUUCACGAGGUGCAGGUUCUCAAACUGCGUCUACCAAGGGGACAAGAUAACCCAGGACACCGACGUGGUGCUCGUGUACGGCGUGAGGCUCUACGACAGCUUCACGCCGCCGAAACGGUGGCCCCAUCAGCUUUACGCCUUCGCCGUCUGGGAGCCGCCGGACCGAAUUGGAGGAACAUUUUUGACAAGUAAGACAAAUCUGGAUCAUUAGGUCCUUGUUUUAAAAAAAUAUAUAUCUAUUUAUUGCUCAUUCAUUAAAUAGAGUUUGACUUUCUUAAAUCUAGAAAAUAAUUUUUUGGAGGUGGCAGGAGGGCCGGCCCUUUGGUUUGUUGCCGCCCCGGGCAAGCUUAACUUUGGUGCCCCUUUUAAGUAUAAUCCUAAACAUUUUUUUGCAAAAGGGUUAGAGAAUGAGUUUAUUACCUAGGUUAUCAUUGUUUUUCUUUAUUCGUAUUUGUACAGUAAUGAACAAUUAGCCUACCGAUGCUAUUUUCUUUUCCAGCCUUUAGAUCAGCAAAUCUUUUGAUUGCACUUUCUAUAUUAAAAUUUAUAUUAUUUGCCAUUACAUUAUCUAUAGACAGUAUAAUAUAUAUAUAUAUAUAUAUACAUAUAUAUAUAUAUAAUAUUUUAGGAACUAUUCCUCUCACCUCUGAGGUACCAUGAAGCGAGUUUAUCUCACAUAUAAAUCGAAAUAAGUGUUUGUAGUUGUACAUAUCUGUCAUUCAACGCUCAUUAAAGCAAUUUUCAGACACAUUUAUCCCCAUAUUUAACAGAAAUGUGUACCUCACCCUUAGACGGAUAUUAUUUAACAUGCGAUUUCAAAAUUGACCGGAAGCAACCAGGGUUUACCUAAAACACCUUGACCAUAAGAGAUUAAUACUUGUUAUUAUUUUAUUUUUAAAAAAAAUUCUUCUUGCAUUCUAUUAUUCUAGAAUCUGGCCCUUCCAUCCUUCUAGUAUUCUAACAUUGUAACUUUCUAGCAUUCUAUCGAUGUAUCAUUUUAGAAUUCGAACAUUCUAGCCUUCUAGCAUUCUAGCAUAAUAACAUUCUUGGAUUCUAGCACGUUAGAAUUCCAUCAUUCUUGCAAUAUAUCAUUCUAUUAUUCUAGCAUUACACCAUUUGAUCAUUUUAGCAUUCUAUCAUUAUAGCAUCCACGCAUUACAGCCUUCUAACAUUAUAGCUUUAUAAUAUUCUGUCAUUUCUAUCAUUCUAUUAUUUUAUCAUUCUAGCAUUCUAGCAUUUUAUCAUUCAAGCAUUCAAUCAUUCUAGCAUUCUAGCAUGCUAUACGUCUAGUAUUCUUGCACAUUAGCGAUCUAGCUAUAUAUCAUUAAUCAAUUAAAUUAUAAUAACAUUCUAGCAUUACAUCCUUCUUUCAUUCUUACAUUCAAGCAUUGUUUCAUUAUAUCGUGCAUUUUAGCAUUAUAGCAUCUUAGCAUUAAAUCAUUGCUAUCAUUCUAGCAAUCUAUCAUUUUAUCUUUCUAGUUUCUUACAUUUUAUCAUUCUAACAAUUUAGCAAUUGAAAUAUCUAGUGUUAUAGAAUUCUAAUAUUCUAGCUUUCUAUAACCUACUAUAUUGAACCUAAUCGACUUUAAAAAAUAAUUUUCACCCAUUUAAAUCUGACUCACUUAUAUACAUUUUGCAAUCCUUUAAACGGGUAAAUUCUGCAAAGGUUGUUUUUUUUCCACUUCUUUUUGACCCUAUUUAUUCGCAAUUUUGUUUUUUUUUUGUUUUAAAUGGCACGUUUCUUAAGAAAACACACUUAUGCCCUACUCACUAACAGACAGCAGCUCCGUGUGGAACUACGCCUUCAAUCUGACCUUCACCUACAGACUAGACUCGGACAUACCAGCGGUCUACUUUAGACUCAAACCUAAUCCAACGCCACAGGAAAAAAGACCAAACUAUUGUGAGUAAUGGAAAAAAGACCAAGCUAUUGUAAGUAAGGAAAAAAAGACCAAAAUAUUGUAAGUAAGAAAAAAAAGACCAAACUAUUGUAAGUAAGAAAAAAAAAAGACCAAGCUAUUGUAAGUAAGAAAAAAAAGACCAAACUAUUGUAAGUAGGGAAAAAAGACCAAGCUAUUGUAGGUAAGAAAAAAAAGACCAAGCUAUUGUAAGUAAGAAAAAAAAGACCAAACUUUUGUAAGUAAGGGAAAAAAGACCAAGCUAUUGUAGGUAAGAAAAAAAAAGACCAAGCUAUUGUAAGUAAGAAAAAAAAGACCAAACUAUUGUAAGUAAGGGAAAAAAACAAGCUAUUGUAAGUAAGGAAAAAAGACCAAUCUAUUGUAAGUAAGGAAAAAAAUACCAAUUUAUUGUAAGUAAGGAAAAAAAAGACCAAGCUAUUGUAAGUAAGGAAAAAAAAGAUCAAACUAUUGUAAGUAAUGGAAAAAAAGACCAAUCUAUUGUAAGUAUGAAAAAAAGACCAAUCUAUUGUUAGUAAGGGAAAAAAAGACCAAGCUAUUGUAAUUAAAGGAAAAAAAGAUCAAUCUAUUGUAAGUAAGAAAAAAGACCAAUCUAUUGUAAGCAAGAAAAAAAAAGACCAAGCUAUUUUAAGUAAGGGAAAAAAGACCAAACUAUUGUAAGUAGAAAAAAAAGAUGAAACUAUUGUAGGUAAGUGAAAAAAGACCAAGCUAUUGUAAGUAAGGGAAAAAAAGACCAAACUAUUGUAAGUAAGGGAAAAAAGACCAAUCUAUUGUAAGUAUGGAAAAAAGACCAAUCUAUUGUAAGUAAGGAAAAAAUACCAAACUAUUGUAAGUAAGGGAAAAAAAGACCAAACUAUUGUAAGUAAGGGAAAAAAGACCAAUCUAUUGUAAGUAUGGAAAAAAGACCAAUCUAUUGUAAGUAAGGAAAAAAUACCAAACUAUUGUAAGUAAGGGAAAAAAAGACCAAUCUAUUGUAAGUAAGGGAAAAAAAGACCAAACUAUUGUAAGCAAGAAAAAAAACCAAGCUAUUUUAAGUAACAAAAAAAAGACCAAGCUAUUGUAAGUAAGAAAAAAAAACUAUUGUAGGUAAGAAAAAAACAUACCAAACUAUUAUAAAUAAGAAAAAAAUACAAAACUAUUGUAAAUAAGAAAAAAAAAGACCAAACUAUUGUAAGUAAGGAAAAAAAGACCAAACUAUUGUAAGUAAGGAAAAAAAAGACCAAACUAUUGUAAGUAAGGAAAAAAAGACCAAACUAUUGUAAGUAAGAAAAAAAGACCAAACUAUUGUAAGUAAGGAAAAAAAGACCAAACUAUUGUAAGUAAGGAAUAAAAAGACCAAACUAUUGUAAGUAAAGGAAAAAAAACACCAGUCUAUUGUAAGUAAGGAAAAAAAGACCAAACUAUUGUAGGUAAGAAAAAAAAGACCAAACUAUUGCAGGUAAGAAAAAAACAGACCAAACUAUUGUAAGUAACAAAAAAAAAAGACCAAACUAUUUAAGUAAGAAAAAAAAUGACCAAACUAUUGUUAGUAAGAAAAAAAAUACCAAUCUAUUGUAAUUAAAAGUUACACCACUAAUGUAAGUAAAAGAAAAUAAAUUCUUUUCAAUGUUGCGGGUGGUGGGGAUGACCAAACAAUUGUAAGUAAGGGGAAGAAACCAAACAGUUGUCAGUUAGGGGAGGAAACCUUACUAUUCUAAGUAAGGGGAGGGGACGAAAUCUUAACAAGGAAAGAAAAUAACUUAACUAUUUGAUUUGAGAAAAAAACGACAAAACUAUUGUAAAUAAAGGUGCAAGAAGAAAUAAUUAACGAAAGUGAAGGAGCAGAGAUACAAUGGGUUCAUUGAAAAAAAAAAAAAACAGUGUUUGGAAAAUCGCUGCAUGCUGUAGAGAAGAAAUCCUGUUCCUUGCCGUCAUAAAAAAUAAAACUUUGAGAAGGAAGAAGAUAAAAAUGUCUAUUAUUUCAUAUGAUGACGUUAAAAGAAAUUGCACUGGUGAUGGCGGAUUUUUCGUCAGACGUAAACGGAUCUAAAGCACCUUUAAUAAAGAAAAAAAUAUAUAAGUAAGGUAUCCUACAUUAAAUCAGGGGCGUCAUUUGGGUAGGGUAGGGUGGGGCAUUUGCCCACCGCCCUGAAUCUGCAGGUUUCCUAUACUUUUGCUAUGUACCGUGGUGCCUCCAGUAACAACUUAAGAUGACCAAGUUUUGGUUUUGCGCCCCCCCCCCCUUUUUUUUGUUGAAAAAACCUAACAUGACAUGACGCCUUUGCAUUUAAUUGAUGAAAGAUAUUAUUAUUAUUAUUAUUAUUAUUAUUAUUACUAUUAUCAUUAAUUUAGUUCAAAAGGAAAUGCAUAAAUAUUCAAUGACUGCUUAUUUGUUUUUGUGGUUGUUGUAAACUAUGCUCCAAAUCUUUGUAAAGAAAUAUUUCCUAUGCAUUGGGGAGCCUUAGAUAAAGACAUUUCAUCAUGCAAGAAACGUUACAGGAACAAUUACGAGUUGUAUCUCGGGCAUUCCGUCUAUCAAAAGUUUUUGCCAAGGAAAUGUAUUUAUUACCCGUGUUCAUACUCUGAUCAAUUCAACAAUCACACUUCUCAAAAAACAAACAGUAUUUAUCCUUAUUUUAUUAUUUGUUUAUGUCAAAGAGCAGUUAAGACGAUGGUAGAAGGACGCAGCAAAAAUGGGUAUAGAGUAAACAGUGCAGCGUCCCCAGUUGUAUGUCCAACGGUCUGUUUUAAUAGAACUUUUUUUUUCAAAGAAACGUCUCCAGACCUCGCUUCUACAGUCGCUUGGACACUCCAGUGAACUGCUGGUAUCGUCAAAUUAUUUGAUCGUUAAUUUGUAACUUAACAUUGUAGAUUUUAAGAAGGCGUCUAGGUGUAUUAUACAAUAAACAUUUUAAUUUUGCUCUCCUGCAGACGAGAUCGCCAAACAUAAAAACAGGACGGCUGUCUGGUUUGUAAGCCGAUGCCAUGUGCCGUCCAGGCGGGCUGGCUACGUCAGAGAAAUGCAAGUACGCGUCAAGAUCACAGCCAGCAACACUGCUCUAUUUAUGGUCCUUUGUAUUCAUCUCAAAUGAGGGCGCUGCUUGUGCUAAAUAUAAUUUUAACAUUCUUUAUGGCAGUGUUUCCCAAAAUGUGGCACGCGUACCCCUGGGGGGCAUGGGAAGAGUGUAAUUGGGAUACGCGCUGCACCGGGAAAAAAAAUAUAUUUCAAAAAAUUUAAAGUAAUAUGCAACAUUUUUUUUUUUUCACGAGGGGUACUCAGAGUUACGCAAAUUUUAUACGGGGGUACACAGAUGUCGAAAAUUUGGGAAAUACUGCUGUAUGAGACCUACUACUGAAAUAGAGAAGCUCCGCAGAGAGCGUAUAAACAGAUUCAGAUUUUGUUGUUGUUUUUUUUUUUUUUUUGUUUUUUUUUUUAAAGAAAACAUUUUUUUUUUUUGACGCAACUUGUUGAUAAUUGCAAAGCUAAUAGCCGAUUCUUUGCUAUGAAAUUGACUGAGGUGGAUCGUCUAUGUAUUUUUAAUUAUUUUUUUUUUUUUUUUUUUUUUUUUUUGUUUUUUUUUUUUAAAGACAACAUUUUAUUUUAUUGACGCAACUUGUUGAUAAUUGCAAAGCUAAUAGCCGAUUCUUUGCUAUGAAAUUGACUGAGGUGGAUCAUCUAUGUAUUUAUAAUUUUAAAUAUAUAUUAGGGAAAACCAACCUUAUCAAAUCGAAAUGAGAAAAGAAAAGUUUCAUCAUUCUAAGCGAUGUGCUUUUUAUUACACAACUUAGUCACACAAUUACAUUUCAUAAAGACAUCUUCACAAUUUUCCUAGUUAAAGUUAUUGAGUUAUAACAUUGGUAGCGAAAAUUACUUGUAGCAUAUUACAUAAACCGUAAGAAAAUUUUAAUUUCACUGCAGCAGUGUGCGAAACAUACGUGACACACAAUGCCGGAAGUUUAACAUCAAUAUAUUUUUAAAACAUUAAAACUAUAUUAUACAUUAUUGGUCACUCUUUGAAUUUCAUUAAAAAUUAUUUAUUAUUGGGUAUUCCCCUUCACUAUCCGAGUUACGUCUGUGGAAAUGUAUGUCGUUGCUUUAACUUUUUGAUGAAAUCGACCAACGUCUCUCACGUGACUCGACACUCAAUCGACUUUACACAUAUUUUUUUUAUUGUUUCAUCUUUCAGAAGUACGUCGACGUUGACAUAUUCGGUGGGUGCGGCAAGAAAUGCACGGUGAGGGGGGACUCCUGCACGGAACUGUUUCCCCAGUACAAGUUCUACUUAUCUUUCGAAAACUCAUUUUGCACCGACUACAUCACGGAAAAACUCUUCAAAAAUUUCGUCCCGGACCGCCACAUCAUCCCCGUGGUGCGGGGCGGCGGAAGCUACGACCGGUACUUCCCGGAGGGACUGUUCAUCAACGCCGCCCGUUUCAAGUCCCCGAAGGAUUUGGCGCUGCAUCUGAAAGAGCUCGGCUCGGACCCCGUGAGGUACAGCCAGUACUUGGCGCGUAAGGAUUCCUACGUCAUCGGGGAGGUGAUACACGAGAGGGAGGCUGGCUGCGAGCUGUGCCAGUAUCUGAACACGCGAGAGCUGAAGCCCAAAGUUUACGAUCUGAAGCGGUGGUACGGGGAUGGUCACUGCAAGAGAGCCACCGAAAUAAGCUGGCCGUCAGAGCAGAACAGACAUUGAAGGCGCACAGGGAUCAAAUCUGAACUACAUAACAUUUGCCUUAACUUACCGGAUUUUUUCAGGGCUAACAUUUUAGGGAAUUUCAACCUUAGACAUAUUCAUAAAUUUAUGCAAAUUCGAUACAAUUAUGUUACACACACAUAUAUAUCUAUAUGAAAAUGUUAGAAAAUUAAAGAGCAUAUCUGUGGCCCAAAUUCAGGAGUGCAGAGCAGCUUUUCUUUGGUGUAAUUUGGUAUUAAAAUUUUAGUACUAGCAGGAUUCAAUGAACACAUCUUGAAGAUGUUCAUGUCUAAUAAAUAUUUUUUCAUUCAAGUGUAAGUAAGACUGUAAUUUAAUGAAACAAUUCUAAUGAGUCUCAAAUGACAUUAAAGCCAUUUUUUUUAGCUAUACUUUUCGUCAUGUAUAUUUUUUCCUUAAAUGCCAGCAUCGUGUUAUUCAGCUGUGAAAAUUUCACUGGUCUCUGAUAAUAGAAUGCAUGAAAUGCCUAUCUUGGUGCUUAACAAUGAAUGUGAUGCCACCAAGUGUUUCUAAUGUAAUUUAAAGAUGAAUCGUAUCCAGCUCCAAGAGCUAUGCCCCAUUCAAAGCAUAAGACUACUUUAUAAAGUAUGUUGCAAUAGUGACCUACUUGGAUUCUAAAUAUUGGAAUAUUGUUUGUGUGGUAUGCAUGUUUUGAAAUGUCCGAAUACAAACACGUUUAAAUGAUUCACUUUUGUGUCAAUAAAUCAAUUGGCCUCAGAAUUAUAUCAAUUGUUUGAUUGAAUCUAUUAAAUGUAGACAUUUGGAAGAGAACAAAAAAAAUAAAUUAGUAGCAUAUAUAUAGAUAUCAAUCAGAAAUAAAUUUGGCGGAUUGUAUCAGCACUGCAUCUAG